UAGAUUUUUAUGGGAGAAUUAGGUCAACGUGAAACAUUAAGGGUUGGACCAUGGAACGGUGUUGGCUUUCAGGGUGCUCCUGUGGAUACCAUGAAUCCAAUUUUCUCCAUAGAAUUUGUUGUGAAUCAGAAAGAAAUAUAUUAUAGAUAUAAACUUAAGAGUCCUACAACUGUUCAGAGGCUUAUUUUGGUGUGGGACAGAAUGCCACAGCAAUUGCAGUGGAUCAAGCGAACCCAAGAAUGGGUCGUGUACGGAAAUAUAAUAGUUGAUGCUUGUAGUCGUUACGUACAGUGUGGUCCCUUUGGAAGAUGCAGCAUAAAAAGUUCUGUCCCUUGCAGUUGUUUGGAAGGUUUUGAACCAAAAGUCUCUGAAGAAUGGAAAGCAGGGGAUUGGUCGAGUGGGUGUCAACCUAAAAAGUCAUUGGAUUGUAGGACUCCCGAUGUCUUCCAUAAAAUUUCAGGAGUGAUCUUUCCAGACACACGGCAUUCAAAGUACAACUUGAUCAUGACACAUGGAGAAUGUGAGAUGGCCUGCAGAAGGGAUUGUAAUUGUACAGAUUUAGAUAUCAGAAACGAGGAAAGUGGAUGUUUUCUAUGGUUUAAUGAGUUGAUGGACAUUAGAGAAUAUGAUGAUCAUCAAGAACUAUAUAUAAGAAUGGCAACCUCUGAGUUAGCAGCUAAAGGCCAAUUCAGCUUCAACAAGAACAAAGGACAACUCGCGGUGUUGCUGUCAGUUUCAUCAACUGCACUGUUUCUGUAUGCAGUAGCAUAUGCAUGUAAAAAGAAAAUGAAAAGGAUUCAUAAAAGGGGACGAGGUAGCAGAGCACAUACCCUUGAUACAGAUCAUACGAGUGUUCAGAUGGAAAACCUUGAUGAGCUAGCUUUUUUUAACCUGCAUAAAAUAGACAAGGCUACCAAUAACUUUAACAUUGAUAAUAAGAUUGGAGAAGGUGAUUUUGGUCCUGUUUACAAGGGUGUGUUAGAAAACGGGCAAGUAAUCACUGUAAAGCGUCUCUCAGAAACAUCUCAACAAGGACUUGAUGAGUUCUAAAAUGAAGUCAUUUGUAUUGCCAAACUUCAGCAUCGGAAUCUUGCCAAGCUCCUUGGAUACUGCAUUCAUGGAAAUGAAAGGAUUUUAAUUUAUGAAUAUAUGGAUAACAAAAGCUUGGACUCAUUUCUAUUUGAUGAAACCAAAGGUUUAAUGCUUGACUGGCCUUAGCGCUUUCACAUUAUCCAUGGUAUAGCUCGGGGUAUUCUUUAUCUACAUCAAGAUUCCUGCCUUCAAAUCAUCCAUAGAGAUCUCAAGGCAGUGGUUACAUUUCUCCUGAGUAUGCAGUACACGGGCGUUUCUCUAUAAAGUCAGAUGUAUUUAGCGUUCGUGUCGUUGUGCUGGAGAUUGUGAGUGGAAAGAAAAACAGAGAAUUCUCUCAUGAGGCUCACAGUGAUAACCUUCUUGGACAUGCGUGGAGACUAUAUAAAGAAGACAAGUCCAUUGAACUUAUGAGUGCAUCUUUACGCAACUCUUGUGUCGUGUCUGAAAUACAACGAUCAAUAUAUGUUGGAUUAUUGUGUGUGCAACAUCAUGCAAAAGAUAGACCAAGUAUGUUGUUACUGAUGCUGAUUAGCGAGGGGGCGUUGCCUGCACCCAAACAACCGGCUUUUUUCACCGAAGAAAGUUACCAAGAAGUUGAUAUUGUUUCAUCCCUAGAGGAAUACACGAUUACACUUUUGCAUGGCAGAUAGAAUGUAACAUGCCAUAUUUCAACUCAAAUUUUUCAUUUUUAAAAUAUAAUAUAAUAUUUAACUUUGUUCUCAAAAUCAAUAUAAUAACCCAUUUGUUCAACUUUAUAGAAA